CGUCAUAGGCUCACGCGCUGGGAUCGACACGCUCACAGCAACAAACCCUCGAGCUGUCGCCUACUUUUUCCAAGCUCCAUAUCCUUUUUCCUUUCCAAUGUGAUGUACAUUCGCUACUUUAUUACCAUACUCAAUCAAUCACCUCUCUAUCGGAGGAUUUCAAGCUUUUGGACUACCGCUCUUCAUGUCAUCCCUUGCUGACCGACAGUUCGAGAAUAAGGCUGCAGCUGCCCAGUUGCCUGUGUUGCUUGCUAACUAGCCAACCAACCAACCACUAUGACUGCUCUCUCCAACUCACUCGCUUCAGCUGUCUUCUGAUUCAGCUUCCAUUCUUUUGAUCUCAGGUGAAACGCAAGUGAACCGCAAUGGCUGGCCCGCUACAUACCUACGGACCGACCUGUCUCCUCGCCGAUGACGAUCCGGACCCCUCCACCUGGCACUCCCUCGAACAACCGCCGAAACCUCGUCCACAAUUCUUUUAUACCUCGUCGCUUCCCAUCGAUGAUCCUCUAAGCGCCCUGCCUCCUCCCGCUAGCGGCCAGGCUCAAGUCGACGAGCGAGUUCCCCCGCAACCUUUCUCAGUGAGAGAUCAUAUCGCGUUAGAAGAGGCUUGGCUGGCCAUACAACGAGCGAAGCGGCAGCAAAAUUCGGCGAGGUCGGAGUCCCGUGCAGGUAGCGUCAGGAAUACAACGGUGGGGAUAGCUGUGCCAGGGAGGGAGACCGGUGUCACAUUCGACAGUCCGACAGGCAGCCGUCAGAAGGCGGAUCUGGCUGGGAGCCAGAGAGGACGUCACGUUGUUCCGGGAUCUGGUUCGAGCUCUAAGACGCCGCCACAGAAGUUGCCCUUUCGGCCAAACGAGGACUCGCCGCGGGAAGGUGGCUCGCUUGAGAGAACGAGUGGCCCGUCGACCUUUGAUGGCAGCAUGGGCGAGGGCGUCACAUUUGCGAAUCAGCUUCAUCGCAAAAGAGAGAUUUCCCCAAGCGCUAAUUUGAAGAGUGUGCGGCGCAAAAUUGGCGAGGCUCGGAAAGAGGAUCCUGACGGCGGAGAUAGCGUCGGGUCCUACGGUCAUCGCUCUCGGGAUGCCAGCAUUAGUGGGUCGCCUUUCUUAAGAGCUACAACUCAACCAUCAACCCCUCUUUCUCGAUCCCUCGAAUCCGUCUCGGUGAGAAACGGGGACCAGGAGCCACAUGACGAGCCUCAAGCCGGACUCGGCUACGCGGCUUUGAAGCCUUCUGGACUUCGGACAAGCACUUACCAAGAACAGACUACAGAUGACUCCAUGGCGAAUACUGAUAUCGAGUCGGGGAGGGAAGAGGUCGAUGCCAAGAUCCCUGUGGGCGUAUCUCGACUGCAUCUGGUCGAGCUACCAAAUCUCAAGAUGAAACCAAUAUAUUGGAGUCCUCUGCACGAUAUUUCGAACGUUCUUCGCGCAACAUGGUUUUACAAAAACACUAUGCUACCAGUAGAAACUGAGCUUGCAAAUAGACUGGAAGACGGCUACGCCUAUCUGAAACCUUGGACCGAGACAUGGCAGGAUGAGUUGAAUAGCUGUGUUGAAAAUGGCGCAGAUGCCGAGAUGAAGAUCGUGCACAGGUUAUGGCCGAAAGAAGACGACGCACCUCCUAGCAGGAAUGGUAGUGUUGAAGUCGAAAAUGAUCUUUCAGAUCUCACUGAAUUCAUUGACUGCCGGGCAGCCGGUGGCUCAUCCGCGCUUGCUGCAGCUGUCAAGCCUUACAUGACGUCCAGCGUCAUCUACGCUGACGGAAAGAAUGCGCAGAUCCUCCGACCCAGCUUACUCCCAUCGGCAUCCCGAGGGCGGAGGCCGCUCAGUGCUAUACGCAAAGGACGGCAGAUCGGUGUACCUGUUGUUCGCGGCUUCAGUAGACGGGCAUGGGAGAAAUUACACCCCUCCAAGCCCAGUCCCGUCGAUGUCCGAAACUACCUGCGCGGCGCCCAAGCCAAACCCAGAACGCCUGGGAGCGGCGGCCAAGUCUGUUAUGCAUGCGCGAUGGAAGAGGCACGGCCUACACCCACUGACCUAGUAUUCGUUAUCCACGGUAUUGGGCAGAAACUCUCUGAGCGCAUGGAGAGCUUCCAUUUCACCCAUGCCAUUAACGCUUUCCGGAGGCAGGUCAACGUGGAACUCAAUAGCGAAGAAGUAUGGCCGCACGUGCGAGACGGUCAUGGAGGAAUCAUGGUCCUCCCGAUCAACUGGCGCUCGACAUUAUCCUUGGAAGAUGCAAACCUAGAAUCACAGGUCACAGAUGAUCCAGCUUCGAACCACUUUACCUUGAAGGACAUCACGCCAGAGACAAUACCAGCCGUGCGGUCAUUGAUCAGCGAUGUCAUUCUCGAUAUUCCCUACUACUUAUCACACCACAAGCCCAAGAUGAUCGAAGCAGUCGUCAAAGAGGCAAACCGUGUCUUUCGACUGUGGUGCGAGAACAAUCCCGGAUUCCAGCAGAACGGCCGCGUUCAUCUGGUUGCUCAUUCGCUUGGCAGCGCCAUGGCAGUCGAUAUUCUGAGCCAUCAACCCACGACGAUACCGGACUUCGACUUUCCGGACGUCGACCUUCAUACAGACAUCUUUGAGUUUGAUACUAAGAAUCUCUUCCUCUGUGGCAGUCCCGUCGGGCUGUUCUUGUUUAUCAAUAAAGCAAACCUUUCGCCUCGAAAAGGGCGAAAUAAGCCAGGUGCCGAGGGAGACGAUCGACUCAAAGGCGUAGCCGGCGACGUAGACACUUAUGGCUGUCUGGCUGUGGACAACCUCUAUAAUAUCAUGCACACAACAGACCCAAUUGCCUACCGCGUCAACGCAGCCGUCGACAGCGACCUCGCCGCCACCCUAAAACCCGCGUCUAUCCCCAGCACAAGCGCCUCGCUCUGGACAUCCCUCAGCAGCCCCUUCCGCUGGAGCACUUCCCACACCCCCGAACGCCCAUCCCUCCUCGCCGCCUCAAAGCUUCCCUCAAACGUCGAAAUGGAAACGCACGACUUUACGCGCGAAGAAAUCGCCGAAAAGCGCAUGCUCUUGCUCAAUGACAACGGGCAGAUCGACUACUUCCUCUCCGGUGGCAGUGGGCCACUGAGUAUCCAGUAUCUGAAUAUGCUAAGUGCGCACAGCAGUUAUUGGAUUCUGACGGAUUUUGUCCGGUUCUUGGUUAUUGAGAUUGCGAGGAAGCAGGGGAGGGAUGCGGUCUUGCCGGUGCUUAGGGCAGAGAAGAGGAAGGGGUGGAAGUAUGUUAAGGGGUGAGUGAUUUGGCCUUUCUUUUCAGGUCUAUUUCUAGUCUUAGCCUGUCUCUUUGGGUAUGCAAGGAUGCAUGCGUUCUAAAAGGGGUUUGUUUAUUAGAGAGGUGUGGCUGUGCUUCGUUUAAGCGAUCUGAUAGAGGAUUGAUAUGUGGGCGGAUGUAGACAAAUAGGUGCCUAUAACUUGGUCCUGGCCUUAGUUCUUAGUCCACAUAUAGCUAGUUUAUUAUUCUUAACUGAGUAGUGUACAGCAUCAUAAUAAUGCCUUGGCUUCCGCCUUGACCGCAGUGAUCAUUCAGGGCUACAGUGGAGGAAACGGGGUAUAAGUGGGGUUGCAUGCGGUCAAAAGUGGAGAUCGAUUUCAAGUCCUACCAUACUAGUAUAACCUAGUUCAUAGAGAUACUCAGUCUCUACCAAGCUAUUAGCCCAAGUAAAAGUGAAAUGGCCAUCUUCUGGAUGGUCAUAUACUCUCCAA